AAAGAAAAAAUAUUUGCCCAAUAAUUUGACAUAAAAAAAUAACCUCAAAAAUUAUGUUGUUUAUCUAGUGCACGGAAAAUGUAAUUAUAUUUUAUGCACUUGUCAAGUCUACAGACAAUAACCAUGGAUAUGAUGUGUAAUUUUCGUAAAUGCAGAAGAUCUUUAUCCAACCAAGCAUGGGUAACAACAUGUUCGCACGCUUUCUGCAUAGAACACGGGCAGAGGGAAUUUAAAAGAAACGCCGAAAAUUGUUUAACAUGUCCAGCUUGUGGCAGUGAGUUACGAGAUAAAUUCGAUGUUAUACAAGCCGACCUCAAGCCUAGUGAGACUUUUAAGUCAAUCGUUUUAGCAGGAUUGAAACCUGAUACCAUAAUGGAUGUUGCAAUGAGGGCUAUGUCAUUUUGGUCGUAUCAAAUCGAGCAAGAGACUAUGUACCAAGAAAGCAUGGCAAAACAUUCGAGGGAAAAGCUUGUGUGUUUAGAAGAGAUUAAUAAUUUAAACCUUCAGAAAAUCAAGGCAGAAUUAGAAACGUGUAAACGUAAGAUUGUUUCGCUACAGGAGGAAUAUAACGUUAAGAGAAGGCAGAACGAAGAGCUGAAGGCGCGUUUGGAAGACAGGUCUAGGAAAAUACAAAAAUUAACGUUUCAACUGGAAGCCCAAAAGAGGAAAGACAUACGUGGAAAUAAUGUAGAAGAGAAUAGUAAUAUUAAUGAUCCGAAUAAAUGCAUGGAUAUCUCUGCGUUAAUGCGAAAGCGAUCAGCUUCGGAGGCAUUUGUAUUCCGACCAGCGAAGGAAAUGGACGAGUCUCAUGUCAAUAGGCUAUGUUCGCCUAAAACGCCUAUUUUUGACUUUAGACCCAAAAGUAGUAAGAGACAGUCAAAUUUUAAAUUUAGACCAUUGUCGUCUUAGCGAAGACUAACAUAAUAUAUUAGAAGUAAGAGUAAUGUAUUACCUGCAUCUGUUUAAAGUUUAAUAAAAAUGUCCUAAAUUUUAA